AUGUCAAGUGUGCGUUGCUAUUGUUUGGUGAUCGGGGCUCUUACCAUUUGGCGACCUCCGCCCAAUGCCUUCAGGCACGACCCCGCCGAUCCCUCCGCCACGGCGCUCAAGGAAUCAUGGGAGAGCAAGUUAGCUCGGAUGCGUUCAGUCUCCCCAUACGGAGCGCUGGCCGGCUGGCGGCUGCUAGGGUGCAUCGUGAAGGUGGGCGACGACCUGCGGCAGGAGAUGCUAGCUGCUCAACUCCUGAGGCGGCUGCAGGCGGUGUGGGGGGUGGAGCGGGUGCCGCUGCGCCUGCGCCCCUACGACAUACUGUGCCUCGACCGCGAGUGCGGACUCAUACAGCCGGUAAGAUACUUUAGCGAUUUUGUAGGGGAUUAGGAAAAGGUAAUUAUG